AUGACUAUGUCUAUGCACUCAGAUCUCAAGGCACAAAUUCAAAGAUAUUUGGUUCAGUCAGGAAACUACGAAAAAAUAUCCAACACAUUGAAUGAAAAAUUAUUAGAAUCCGGAUGGCUAGAUAAGGUGAAGAGUUUAACGAGGGAAGAGCUCGACUCUCAUCAAACUGCCACAUAUCCUGAGGUUCUAGAUAAGGUGGAAACAAAGGCACUAGAUUUGGUUUCUGCUGAUAUCAGGGAGCUAGUACUGCACCAGAUCAGAGCUUUUCUGGAUGAAAUUGUGGAAACCGACUAA